AAUUGGGGUCUAACCUUGCAUUAUUACUCAUUCAGGUGAAGUUAGCAACUAGCAAUCAGUGUUCAUUGCUUCACAUUUCUGUGUGUAAAUCUCUUCUUAGCUUCUGAAUAUGUCUAGCUGUGGGUGCGGAAGUGACUGCAAGUGCGGCAGCGGCUGCAGCUGCAAUAAGUACUCUGGCUUGAGCUAUGCCGAGGCCACAACCACAGAGACUGUGGUUAUGGGCGUUGCUCCUGUGAAGGUCCAGUUCGAUGGAGCUGAAAUGGGUGUUGCUGCUGAGAACGGUGGCUGCAAGUGCGGAUCAAACUGCACAUGCGACCCCUGCAACUGCAAGUGAGGUGCAGCUGAUGAAAGCUUGAUGCAGAGACGAAAGCAAUAUAUGUAGCAACAGUUAAAACAUAAUAAGAAAGUACAUGUUUGUUUCGUGUUUUAGAAUAAAGUGGCCAUGGCUCACCUGCAGCUAAUUCUAUUGUUCUAGGAUUUGUUGAGUGUGUCUUAAGCUAUGAUUACUUUGUGUUUGGUUGGUCUUGUAUAACGUUUAGCUUUUCUGAGCUAAUCUGUAUCACUAAUCUCUGCUUAUAAAUGGAACACUGUUAUGUUACAUGAAUAAAGGGUUUGUUGAUUUA